AUGACGACAUUGUUCGGGCAAGUGGACGGGGUGCCAGGCCUCAUAAUGGCGUGGUUUGGGAUCUUCCUGCUUACUAUGACCUUUCUGGGACCCAUAUUCAUAGGAAUUGCAGCUUGUCUCUGCCGCGGCGGGCAGCGAGCAGAAGAAGAGAACGCGCCCGUAGGACGAUUGGCCGCGCUGGUGGUGGCCAUUGAGCGGGCGCAGCAGAUGAGGACGGCGGCAGUGGCUCCGGCGCCGGCGCCGGCGCCGGAGGUGGAGCUGGGGUACUUCCCCUACUCGGGGGAGGGCAGGCGGGCGUCGGAGAGGCUGGUGUGCGCGAUCUGCCUGGAGGAGCUCCAGCGGGGACAGGCGUGCAGCGAGGUGCCGGCGUGCCGGCACGUGUUCCACCGGGACUGCAUCAACGUGUGGAUGAAGAGCAAGACAACCUGCCCGCUGUGCAGACGGAAUAUCGUGGCCGGGUCAGAACGAAUAUCGGUUGCUUUUGACAUGGUUUAGCUUAGCGCACAACGAGGUUUCUAGCGGUGCUUUUUUUCACACGAGCUCGCUAAACUUUAUUAGGCUAGUCAUACUGAAAGUAACUUAGACUGAUAACAUACAGAUGAUAUUACUAGUAAAUAUAUCCGUGCUAUGCAACGGUA